AUGAGCUCAACAAACUUCGCCGCUGCACAAGAGCGGGUUCUUGAAAGACGUCGCCUGCGCGAGGCCGAAUCGCGCGCCCGUCAUGCGGCACAGCAGGCGGCUUCUCCAAUCAGCCCGGCCGCCGUCCAGCGUUUACCAUAUCCAUUGAAUCGAUUGCCCAGUUCAGGGUGGCGGAUAUGGAAUACCGUCAACGGGAGAGAUGGGACGCGCCCCGCAUUUCGAGUGGGCCAGGUGGAUGCCGAAUUGUUAGAUGAGGAGCUGCUUGGUCUGAUGAAAGGCCAAGUUGGGGAGGCCCUCAAAUACUUCGGGCCCCAAAUGCGAGAAGAUUGGUCCCACGAGAUUUUGUUUGCGUUGCGAGCUAUACUCUUCAAAUUAUCAAUAUGGGAUCACAAUGCCUCGUAUGGCGCGGCGCUACAGGGCCUGAAGUACACCGAUAGUCGAAGCAAAGGGCCUGUCUUUUCUUCUCCAACGAAAUGGCAGAAGAGUAUCUAUGGUUUAUUGACAGUUGGAGGACGAUAUGCUUGGGACAAAUGGGAGAGUUGGUUGAUUGCGCAAGAAGGUGGCUAUGAUGAGCCAUCGCAGGAUAUCCGGAUGUUGUCUCGCCUAACGGACUUUAUCUCAACGUCGCACUCAAUCGCAGCUUUUGUCUCUUUCCUCGUGUUCCUAGUGAACGGCCGAUAUCGCACCUUGGUCGACCGCAUCCUUCGCAUCCGCUUGACUCCACCCUCAGCGCAGGCCAGCCGUGAGGUAUCAUUUGAAUACCUAAACCGGCAGCUAGUCUGGCAUGCGUUUACCGAAUUCCUUCUUUUCCUCCUUCCUCUUGUCGGAAUUGGUCGCUGGCGGCGUUGGAUAAGUCGGGCCUGGCGCAGGAUGGUCAAUUCUAUCCGGUCAAAUGACGACGAUGAUGAACCUUCCGAAAAGCAAGGGGAGCUGGCCUUCCUCCCGGAACGGACUUGUGCUAUCUGCUACCGCGAUCAAAACCCAACAACAACCUCGGAAGCUGAUGUUAUGGCGGCCGCUGCGUCAGGUGGAAUCUCGGGAUCGGCACAAACUGAUAUCACAAACCCAUACGAGACUGUCCCUUGUGGCUGUAUCUACUGCUUCGUCUGUAUUGUGCAGAAGGUCGAGGCGGAAGAAGGUCAGGGGUGGACUUGCCUCCGGUGUGGUGAAAUUGUCAAAAAGUGCCAGCCUUGGAACGGCGACGUGCUAGAAGAGGCACGUUCCCAGCCUGGUACCGGAAAGAUUGUUGGCUUUGCUAUUGAUGAGGCAGAUGAAGAAAUCCAUGAGCCAGAGCCCCACCAAGAGGCCUCAUCUGAGAAGUCCAGCCCAUUGCAGGAAAUUAGUGCCGAUGAAGCCCUGCAACAUUCUGAGCAAUGGUCCACCAUUGAGAAGGACCCUGCCGAAGACGAGGACAUAAAGUCUGCUUCAACAUGA